AUGGAAGAGGGCACAUCGGAAGUAAAGCCAGACGAAUCGAUCGAAAAAAGACCUCAAUUUGGCAAUAGAACCCUCUCUAACAAUGACAAUGUAUUUCAACAUAAUGCGUGGGACAAUGUUGCAUGGAAUGAGGAACAAGAGAAUUUGGCUCAACAGAAGGUGAAUGAAAAUUCAACUGUAACUUUAUCAGAUGAAAAAAUCUGGGAAUAUGAACAAGAAGCUAAUAAAUAUUGGGACAAAUUUUAUGAGAUUCAUGAGAAUAAGUUUUUCAAAGACAGACACUGGUUGUUUACUGAAUUUCCAGAGCUAGCUGCAACUACUGUAAAACAAAAUAUGAAGCAACCCUUGAGGUCUGCAACAGAAAGUGAAGAUAAAAGCAGCACAGAAACUCAUAUAAAAAUUCUUGAACUUCCUAAUCACAGUGGUAGUAAAAUUUUGGAAAUUGGUUGUGGGGUUGGAAAUACUAUAUUUCCAAUACUUUUGUACAACACAGAUCCAAAUUUGUUUGUCUAUUGUUGUGACUUUUCUGCAAAAGCAAUAGAUAUACUGAAGCAAAACCCUGCAUAUGAUGCAUCCAGGUGUACAGCAUUUGUUCUGGAUGCAACACAAGAGAAAUGGGAGACACCUUUUGAACCUGAAAGUUUAGAUAUCAUAGUUUUGAUAUUUGUUCUUUCUGCAAUUAAUCCUGACAAAAUGGAGCAUGUUAUACAACAAGUGUAUAAAUAUUUAAAACCUGGUGGAUUAGUUUUAUUUAGGGAUUAUGGAAGGUAUGACUUAGCACAACUGCGAUUUAAAAAAGGUAGAUGUCUUGCGGACAACUUUUAUGCUCGAGGUGAUGGAACUAGAGUAUAUUUUUUUACACAAGGUAUUACAUUUAACUGUUUAUAUUAGUAAGAGAUUUUAGACUU